GUUGGCUUUACCUCAAGCUUUAAAGCUUCAAACAAUAAAUUCACAACCUCAACUUUCGACAAAAAGCAUAGAACUUUUUAGUAUCUGCUGAAUUUCCGUCGAAAAAUAUUAUGAAACACCAUAUAUUGGCAUGAAAUUAUUUCUACUCCAUCCGCAGUAACGACAUAGUGAUAAUCUACUACUCGUGAAGCCAUGGCACGCGUAGUACCAAGAACGUCCGUGGCAGCUGAUAAGUUCAAGGUUAUACUUCCCACUUUGAAGCCGACAAUUUACCACGACCCGGCCGUGAACAAGACCCCAAACAACAUUCGCACGAUUGCUUGGAAUCCACUGGGUACUUAUAUUGCGACUGGUUGUUUGGACAAAACCUUACGCGUCUGGAAUGUGGACAAGCCUAAUGUUCGUCAAACGACCGAGUUGAAAGGUCAUACGGCAUCAAUCGAAAAGGUUGCUUUCAAUCCCGUUAAGGAGCUCGAGUUGUGUAGUGUGAGCAGUGAUGGAGUGGUUAGGUUCUGGGACGUCAAGACUAAGCAAGUCCUGAACGAGGUUAAAGGCUUAGGCGAGACCUUCACUUUAGCGUGGCAUCCCCGCGGCGAAUGUGUCCUCGUCGGGAAUAAGGAAGACAAGCUCUUCAUUAUUUCACCAACCCAAAGCACACCGAUUUCAUCACAUCAACAGCCUGUGCAGACUAACGACAUUGCAUUCUGUUGGAGUGGCCAAAGAAUAUUUGCUACUACUGGAGAUGGAAAAACAAGAAUCCUCUCAUUCCCGGAUUUUGAGCCCGCCUACCAGUUUGACUACAAGGAAGGUCCAGAUGCCGAAUUCAAGUUGACCGGGCAUACCUCGUCCUGCAUAUCUGUUGAGCUACAUCCAUAUAACCGGUACUUAGCCACGGGUGGAACUGAUUCACUGAUUUCGCUUUGGGAAACAACGGAAUGGAAUUGUGUUAGAACUGCGACUAAGAUGAUCGGUCCAGUUCGCAGUCUCAGUUUCUCUUGGGAUGGUCUCUAUAUAGUAGGCGGAAGUGAGGAGGGAUCCGGACUAGAGAUAUUCAACUCCGAAACGGGAGACCAUCUCUGCACAUAUAAGACCACGACAGCUUCUCCUGUUAUUGCAUGGUCUCCAAACCGAUAUUCACUCGCGUACAUUGACUCGGGAAGUCUACGAGUAAUAGGGGCCAGCGCAGGGACGAAAUAGGAAGACUCGGAGUCAAUCUGAUUGACGGUUAUGAAAGCAGAUACUCGAGAGAAACCAAUGGUUCCGAUAGCCGCGACGACGGCCAAGACCGAAUUCUGAACGAAUAUAAGAUAUAAGAAAUCACGUCCGUAUAGGCAAUUCUACUGAGAAGGGAUUGACGCGCUGAGCUGAAAAGCAGCCUCUAAAAAAAGGGUUCCUAAUUUAGACAGAUAGGGGGUAGCAUAUGGGAUGCUGCUUAUUGUCAUCAUCAUUAGAGACAAGUGUUGGUUUAACAGAGUUGGGGGCGACAUCCGAUACAACAUAUAAGAGGCUAUCUCGCGAGAUAAUGUUUCACCAACAACCCUAGAUUACCACAUGAAGCUUACUGGGAGAGACGGUACUUUAAUAGGAAGCCUGUUUGAUAGCACUACCUUUCCCUGAAAGCUUUGAUACCUUAGGUACAUAGCAAGAGUGUUAUACGGUGAAUUGACAUCGCAAUGCUCCACGGCCUUUACUAUAUAAUAAUACACUAAUCUUUUCCAUGCCACUCGCUGUUUUCUAAACUGCAACCUGCUUACA